GUGCGGGGCCGAGGGGCGAUGCGAGCCCCGGGGCGGGCGCGCUCCUCCGGCAGGGACGCGAGCGGAGCAGCGGGGGGAAGGCCCGCUCUGCUCGGAGCGCUGAGCACCUGUGGGCGUGACCGCCGGCCCCCUCCUCCUCCUCCCGCUUCCCUUUACUUGAAGGGCCAGCGCCGCUGUAGCGGCAGAGCCUGAGAGCGGAGCGGGCGGCGCUCGCAGAGGAGGAGACCCGCCGCCGACCCUCCGCCUCAAGUGUCCCGGCCGCAGCCCGCGCCUCCGCCCCGUCGAGCCGCAGGACCGGUGGGGAGGGGAGCUCAGGCUGGACAGGCCGUGGGGGGACGGGGCUGUCCUCGCCCUGAGGCGCUGGGCUCUCGGCGCGGAGCUGCCCGGCGGAGCCGUGCCCGGCGGGCGGGCGGCGGUGGCACCGGGCUGCCCUCGCCCCUCGGUGGGCCCCGCGGCCAUGCUGGCCUGGGCUGGGGGGCGGCGGCGCCCUGAGCGGGGGUCGCCGUAGAGCCGCGGGCGGGCGGGGGAGGCCGCGUUAGCACCGCCGGCGCUCCGCCUGCCGGGGCUGCCCCCGGGGAGGGGGAGGCAGGGGGAAGGACAGCGAGCCGAACAGAACAACUUCUGCAAAUUAAAAACAGAAAAGAAAAAAAAAAAAAAGAGGCUUGUUCGUGGGACAUCUUCGAAGUUCAGUACCACGCGAGGCAUCCCAGGCGCAGUGAAACCCUCCCUGCUCGUGCAUCCCACCACAGUGACAGGAGGGAAGCUGGCUGUGGCCGCUGUUCCCAAGCCCUGCGUGCAUUAGAGUCGCCUUGGCUUACUGGCUGGAAGAUGAUUCCUGCAACAGGACCAUGUUGCUGAUGAUGAACAGCAGAGUCGUUGGAAGAUGCCUUCCUUGAGGAUUACACGUGGAACAAGGCCAUCAGUCGAGGGGAGAGCUGGCUGGUGAAACUGUCUGACUUUCCCCCCGCCGGGGAAGUGGCUUCAAUGGCUCCAUCUCCCAGGAGAAGCAGUAGGAAAGAUGCCAGCGCCUUGCCAAGCAUGUCCUCAACUUUCUGGGCUAUCAUGAUCCUGGCUAGUCUCCUAAUCGCUUACUGCAAGGGACCUCUUGAAGUUUGUGGUCAGCUGGCUGCAGGUACAUGUGAGAUUGUUACUUUGGACAGAGAUAGCAGCCAGCCCCGAAGGACUAUAGCCCGACAAACAGCUCGCUGUGCAUGUAAAAAAGGACAGAUUGCCGGUACAACAAGAGCAAGGCCAGCAUGUGUUGAUGCACGAAUUAUCAAAACAAAACAGUGGUGUGAAAUGCUUCCAUGUUUAGAAGGAGAAGGCUGUGAUUUGCUAAUCAAUAAAUCAGGCUGGACCUGUACACAACCAGGAGGACGGAUAAAGACAACCACGGAUGAAAUUUCCCCAGACUCCAAAGAUGGAUGAACGUUUUUUUCAGGGAGUGACUUGAUAUUAAUCUGGAAUAUGCAGCUUCAGGAGCUGUUCUUCCAUCCUCGUCUCCUUCUUUCAAGAGCCACAGAAUGACAAGAUUCCUCUAUUUGUGUGCAUUCUUGAGAAACAAGUGUUUUUUUACAUAUUCCUAACAGUUUAAAGUAUGAAGAAUUUGUAUUUAUUAAAGUUUUUCUCCCACACUGGUCUUUCUCAUACUUGAUUUUUUUUUCCCCCCCCAAAGGAAAGGUUCAGUGCAUAUGUAGAUGAUAAGAAGCUCAUCCUAUUUAAAGUGGAAAUGUAUCUUGUUCAGAUCCCGAAUGAAUUUGUUUGGUUUCAUUAUGUAGUAUACUGUUUUUCCCCCUGUCUAACUGGUUUUAAAAUCCUGAUUGGGUAAUGUUUGGACUUGCUGGCUGGAGUUACUUUUACUCUUGUAACUCUCUCCCAGGGGAGAAAUGCACCAGGGGGAAAUGAGCAGGUUGCUGGUUAGGGUUAAACCAAGACAAUCCUUACAGAAGAUGUAGAAGUUGUUAUAUUCUGCAGAUCAUCUUUCAGAACCUUUCCUGGAUAGUUCUUAGCCUCCCUGAAAUCAUCAUCAAAUGAGGGUGCACAGGCAUACUGUAACUCAUGGAGAUAACUGUAUGCAGCAAAAGUUCCAGUUGUGACCAUAAGAGGUAUUUGCUCUGGAAAGUAUUGGUUACCUGCGACUGCCAAAACAAAAGUUGAUUUUAUGUUUCUCUACUGUAAUAGGUGAAGUCGAAGGUAAUGUCUUUUCAUACGGGAUGGUCAAAAUAUUUAGAGUAGCAAAUUCAGACACUGCUCAUUAAAAGAAAGAAAUUCCCUACAUAAUCUGCCUUUACAAAUCUGUUUUAGUGGUUCUUUUAUUUUUAUUUUUCUUUAUUCCCAGAAUUAUCCUGCUUGCACUAUCUGUUGUCUCACAGUCAUUCCUCACAGUGUGGACUACACGUCCUUUCUUGCCUACAUCCAAAUGGUGCAGCACUGCAUCCCUAAAUGGUGUGUCAGAACAACCUUGCAGAACCAGAACCAUAAAUGAACUUUAAUGCUAAGCUUUUACUACUGUUUCUUUCAUCCUGCAGUUAAGACACCAGCUUUCAUUGAUAACUACCUCAUUCCUGCAUGUAAGCUGUCCCUGACUUGUAUAAACAAAUUCCCUGUGCUGUGUAAGGCUUCUCUUUUGUGUGUUGAUCAAAAUCUUGACCAUAGCUAUGAAUGUUAUCAAACAUCUUACCAAGGCUUCCUUCAUUCCAAACGCCUUAUUAUAGGAACAUAUCCUAAAUUCUGAACCUUGGGCCUGGUGUAACUUUUUAUGUUCUUGAGCUUAACAAUAUGUUUUUCACAGAACAACUGGAUAAAAAACAGCACAUAAGCUGAUUUUACAUACAUCCAAUUUUUCUCAAUCAUAUACAAUAGGGUAUAUAUAUUUAAAAUAGUCUUUAAUAACUGCUUGUAUUCAACAAAAUAUACAAGUAUUUGAUGCUUUAUUAAAGUGAGAGAAUGUCCAGCAUAGUUUGCACUAUUGCAGUGGGAGACCUAGUUUUAAAAAUGCUUGAAAGUAUUACACUAUGCACCAGAUUCCAUAAUUUUCAAAAUUCAAGUGAUUUUUUUCUCUUAGUUAUCAUAUGGCACUGAGAGAGUUAAUUAAAGCAAGGAAUUCAAGAAUAUAAGCUCAUCCUCUGAGGAGAGAGUGACCUGUCAAGAGAAGAGUUGUAUGAAUCUAUUUAUUUUAAGUGCUUGACAAGAGCUCCAUUUAAAAAAUAAUGAGCCACAAGUGCCACUAUGCUGAAAGAAAAACUGGAAUCCCCUGGGUGGGAACACUGGAAAGAGAUUGCCUACAUUUGACCCUCUGAGAUUUGUGCAUUAUUUCAGGCUUGUUGUGCUCAUGUUUGAAUGAUUGUGUGUUUCAGGCUCAUGACUCUAUAAGUGUUCUUUCUGUAUUUUUCUGGCAAUAAAAGUUUCUUGGUGAUGGUAUGUGAUAUGGCACUGUAUGUUUGCUUGAUUAAAAUCUCAUGUGUG